AUGAGAAACAAGCAGGACGCUUCACGAACUGGUGUUGGAGGGUAUCGCAGACUGGAGAUUGAAGGCGAUCAUAUACGUGUGUCGGGUGAUAAUGACAUGCACAUUGUCCCUUGUAUUGUUGAUCAGUGGAUGUUGCUUGACUCUCUGUUGGUGAGUGGCUUUAGCCCAACAGGAGCCCUCCCACGUUUUGAUGUCGAUCAUUUCGCUCUGCUGCUCAGUAACAGUAGUAGUAUCCUGACCGCCUGUAUGGUUUGCACCUUGGGGAUGGCACCUUCAUUGGUGGUUUGGGUGAGCGGCUAA